AUGCCCACGACGCGCUCUGCCAAGGCGAAGAGCAUAAGUCACCAGGAACGCACCGCGAGCGAACCGCGGAACAAUGAACUCCACAAGGCCACUGUCGGUCAGGUGACAGACGUCAACGACCGCAUCAAGACGUUCAGGUUCGACAUUGUAGAUAAGAACGGCUUCAACUUCCUUCCAGGCCAAUGGCUCGACGUCUUCGUGCCUGACCUUGAGAAAGCCGGUGGCUUCACCAUCACAUCCUCGCCGAAAGAUGCACUGCCCCAGGGCAACCCCAACCACUCGCCCUUCUUCGAGCUUGCCAUACAAAAGAGCCCAGAUAAUCCGCCCGCGGCAUGGCUGUGGCAGCCUGUAGAAGAGAUACAAGGGAAGGAGAUCAGCGUGCGGGUAGGUGGGAGCUUUGUGUUUCCGCCGCCUGGUGUGAAUAUGGAACGACCGAAAAUCAAGCGCGCCAUCUUCAUCGCAGGUGGCGUAGGCAUCAAUCCUAUGAUGUCGAUGAUGUACUACAUCAACCAGAAUUAUCCCAAUCUCGAAGUGCGACUCCUCUACUCGACGAAGGUGCCCUCAAAAGAAACCAGUCAGGAGGAGGUCCUCUUCCUCCCACAAAUAAUCGACCUGUUCCGGAUACCGCGCUCCGAAUCAACCAAAGACCGCAUCGAGCUGUUCUUCACAGGCACAUGGGACGGCUCGGAAGUAAACCAGAGCAAUGACCAGCCCAUCCAGCCGCUUAUGUCCUUGACAUUACCAAAUCUCGACUCGGCGACGGAAGUACCAGUAAUUGCAUGGACACACCGCAUCAAUGAUAUUGCGCUGUCGAGUGCGGUUGGAAACAAAGACGAGGCUAAGCAUACCGUAUUCUACGUGUGCGGGCCUCCUACUAUGACUGACGAAAUCGUCCAAUACCUGAAAGAGCAGGACAAUGUCGCGCCUGAGCGCGUCCUUUGCGAAAAGUGGUGGUAAGAGCCAACAUGCUAGUAUAUCCCUAUCCCAACCUCUUGUUCCUCAGCUUGAGCGCAUUGUCUUUUUCGGUACAUAGCCGCCUUCCUUUGCCUACAGCAUAUCCGGCAACAUCCAACAUCAGCGUCGCAGUAAAUAGUCAGUCGAGUGUCACUUCACUCUGAAUCCACAACUCUUCAAUCGCAUCUUGAUCGCAGCAAGC